GUCCAUCACGUCAACUAGGAUCGACGUUUUGCGUUGGAUUAUUCACACAGUGAUCCCAAAAAAUACCUUUGAAGGCCCUGGAUUUGUUUUGAAUGAUUUAGCCUCCUCGUUAUUUUGCGUCUUUGAAGUACUUUGCAACGUUUAUCUGCAUGAGACACGACCCGGGGUAUUUGGAUUGAUUUCUAUAUUACUAGCAUCCUCCUUUACCCCCCAAAUAUACUCUGGAUAUAUAGAUAUAAGGGGCAAUUAUGGAUAUCCAGGUAGACCGGUUAGUCGAUAAGAUCUGGGGUAAAACCCAAUCUACGCCAGAUGAUUCCCGGUUGAUGAUAGCAGUGAGUGGCAUACCGGGAUCCGGAAAGACAGCACUCGCCAGCAUGAUGGCAAACCGCAUCAACCAACUCUACGCGGCACAGCAUCUCAAUUCACCGCCUAUCGCGACUGCUAUCCCUAUGGAUGGGUAUCAUCUUACGCGGGCGCAACUCGCUCAAAUGCCCGACCCGGUGUAUGCUGCUGCACGACGGGGUGCAGCUUUCACCUUUGACGGGGAGAAGUUUUUGAAACUAGUCCAGGCUCUGCGGGAGCAGUUGACGCCGGAGACCCAAAGCUUGUACGCGCCAAGCUUUGAUCAUGCAGUCAAAGAUCCUGUCGACGAUGAUAUUGCCAUCCCCGCCACCUGCAGGGUUAUUUUCUUCGAGGGGAAUUACCUAAGUUUAAAUAAAGAGCCAUGGAAUAAGGCGGCACAGCUGAUGGAUGAGCUUUGGUUUGUGGAUGUUGAAUUCGAAACAGCUCGAAAGAGGUUGGUUCGGAGGCACGUCAAGGCGGGUAUCGCGAAGGAUGAAGCCGAGGCAGAUAAGCGAGCGACAGAAAAUGACCUUGUGAAUGGCCGGGAAAUCGUGGACUAUAGGUUGCCCGUCCAGGAGAUAAUUACAAGUCAUUAUGACCCUAACUGGGACCGGUGA